AUGGCUGGUUUCGAUACUGCCUCGCUCCGGCUUGCUCUCGAGCUGCAGCUGCAAGACGUCGAAGGGCUCAAGCUAAAACCCAAGGGCCGAGGCCGCAAAAGGAAAGCCGGCGAUGCAGAUUUCGAGUUCGCCCUCGGGGCGUACCAGGAGGAUCUCACGGCGGAGAUCCAGUCGGUCGGCGGCAGGUUCCCUGCGCCGCCUCCCGCCCCCAUCGCAUCGUCAUCUCGACCCAAGAAGCGCCUGGCCACCGGUAAGAGAAAUGGGCCUUCUCCGAAGAAGCGAGUGAAUCCGCGGCGAGCGGCAAAGGCCUCGUCGCCGCACGCGGCCGUCUCGACGCAGUCUGCGGCGGCGCAGACUGGACAGGAGGCGGCCAGCAACGCCUUGCAAUGUCGCGUCUGCUUCGAGGACCAGGAUGAAGAGUCGGUUUUCCGUACACCUUGCGAUCACGUGUACUGUGCGGCAUGUCUCGUUGGACACGUCACAAGUGCCCUUACCGGCGGAUGCAAGUUUCCCCCGGAAUGCUGCUCCACGCCUAUCCCCUUCGAGGGUGCUGCUCUGCAGAUGCUACCGGCCGAUCUAGUGGCGCGGUUCCAGAGGAUGCAGCUGGAGCUGAGCACCCCGAACCCACGAUACUGCCACGACCCGGCCUGCGCCGCCUUCCUCCCACCGAGCGACUUUGCGGGAGACCGCGGCCUCUGUUCUUCCUGCAGGGCCUGGACGUGUAUUCUUUGCCGGGCUGCCGCGCACGACGGCGUGUGCCCCAGCGAUGCCGCUCAGAACGAGGUGCGAGACAUGGCACGCCGGCGAGGCUGGCGGCCAUGCGUCCGAUGCGGAAAUCUGGUCGAGAGGACGGGUGGCUGCGCGCAUAUGAUAUGUCCUCCGCCCUGCAAUGGCCAAUUCUGCUAUCACUGCGGCCUGGCGUGGCGAACCUGCGGCUGCUCGAACCACUAG